AUGGCUGGACAAGGUAUAUUGAUUAUCAUUAUUCCUAAUGAUUUAAAUAAUAAUCAAGAAAAAUUACUUGAUACAGCACAAAUUGUAAAAGAUCCAUUGGAAUUACCAAUUAAAUCAAAUAAUCCAACAUCUGUUAUUGAACAUUCAAAAGAAUUUCCAUGUUCUACAUGUAAUAUUUCAUUAACAUCACGAUUUCGUUAUCAUAUUAGUCCAAAAUUAAAUUUAACUGAUGCUAUUUGGAUACUUUCAGAAGAUCGUCAACAUUUUUUUAUAACUUGUUUUGCUGAAUUAGGUCAACAUUCUGAUUUAAUUAUUCAUGAAUUACGUUCAGCUGAAAUUGGUAUUCGACAAGGAUCAAAAGUUUUUAUUCUUCCUUUAUCAUGUGCACUUGGUAUUGAUAAUCUUUCAUCAUCAUCACCAACUAUUGUUGAAAUAAAUAAUUUAAAUGAUGUAGUUAAAGAAAUAACAAAUUCAAAUGAAUCUCCACAUAAUAAAGAAUUAAAUGAACAACGUGGCAUAAAUAAAAGUGAUUUUAAACGAAGUAUUCGUGCACGUUUAACUGUUUUACAAGUUGUAAAUGCAAUACGUGGACAAACAUUAUUUUCAUUUGAUUUUCUUCUUUUAACAAUACUUGCAUCAAUUAUUGCUUCAAUGGGUUUAUUAGAAGAUAAUUCUGUAAUACUCGUUGCUUCAAUGUUAGUAUCUCCAUUAAUGGGUCCAAUAUUAGGUAUUGUUUUUGGUUUAUGUAUUAGUGAUUCAACAUUAUGGAAAGUUGGUUUAAGAACAGAAGUAAUUGGUUUAUUAAUUACAAUAUUUACAGGAUUUAUUGUUGGACUUUGUACAACAUGGUCUGAAGUUAAAUGGGGUUCAUCAACAUCAUUUCCAACACAUGAAAUGCGUUCGAGAGGUGAUAUUCGUCGUUUAUGGGCUGGUGCUCUUGUUGCUUUACCAUCAGGAGCUGGUGCAGCUCUUAGUGUUCUUGGUGGUAAUGUUGGAAGUCUUGUUGGUGUAGCCAUUAGUGCAAGUCUUCUACCACCAGCUGUAAAUGCUGGUCUACUUUCUAGUUAUUCAUUAUUAUCAGCAUUGAUACCAUCUAUUGGAAAACAAUCAUCAAAAGAUGAAUAUUAUGAAAGAUUAAAUUCAUCGAUAAAUAUCGGAAGAAAUUGUACAAAAUUUAUUGGAAAUGAUUAUAUUCCAAUUUAUUCAUGUCAUAUGGCAACGGAAGCAGGUUUACUUGGUAUUUUUUCAUUUAUAUUAACAAUAACAAAUAUUAUUUGUAUUAUAGUCGUAGCAAUGGGCAUAUUACGAAUAAAAGAAGUUGUACCAAUUGUACGUGAUGAUGAAAUCGCUCAAUUUUGGCAUAAUGGUGUUCGUACCGUUCGUGGUCAUAAUAAAACAAUGCAUCGUAAUGAUAUUAAUAAUCUUGUUAAUAUGUGGAAAUCUAUAAAAAGUACUGAUCUAGAACCAUUAAAUAUUGAAGAUAAUAAUGAAGAAUCAAAAAUUAAUAUUGAAAUCGAUAAACAACAAUUAUCAUUAAAACAUCGAAAUAUAUCUCAAAUAAUUCUUGCACGUAAACUUCAAAAUUUAGAAGAAUUUGCUAAUGCAUAUCAUUUAAAUCUAUCAAAUACUGAUGAUAGAUUAUUAAAAACAGAUACAGCACGUGAAAAUGUUCAACAAAUGGCUAAUGAUAUAUUAGCAAGUAUAGAAGAAACAAAUCGAAUUAAUUUAGGUAGUUUUGUUGCACAAAUGGGUGGAAGUAAUGAUAGAUUAUUAACUCGUUUUCGUAUGCAAACAUUUUAUCAAGAAUUAGUUGAUGUAAUGCCAUUAAAAUGGAAAGAAAUAUUUGAACAAUGUCAACAACAAUCAACAUAA